UUGCAUUAAUCAGUAAACGUUCGUCCAGUCGAGUACAUACAUCUUCCUCUCUCAUCUGUUGGUGAAAUGUUCUUCUAAUUGAUUUUUGCAAAAACAAUUGUUUUUGCAUACAUACAUAACUCUAAGUGCAAAAAUUAAUUAUUUUGGCAUAUCUCUAAUUGUGAGCAGAGUUAAUUAAAUUUUUCCAUGAGCCAUGGCAGAAAUUUGUUUCGACGACCUGGAAAAGUUUUUAUUCAGCGUUACAGAUGGUUACGUAUUCGAAAAUCUUGACGAAGGUGUUGACGACAUGAGUUACCAAUCAUCUUCAAAUUCAAGUCCACCAAUGUCCACCAAUUCUGACUCAAUUUUGGAUAUGGAUUUUUCCAACGGAAAUGAAACCCGUGGGAAGAAACGAAGUCAUGAAGUCGACUUUGAAGAACAAUUACAUAAGAACAAUAUUUGGAUAGAAAUGAUUGCGUCGAGGGAUCAUUUUCUGAAAAUUGAGAAAGAGACGUCCAUUCCGACAAAAUCGGGAACCGAGCACAUAAUAUAUUUCGAACCUUUCUUGAAUUAUGAUCUGGUGAUUAAAGAGAUUCCUUUCAAAAUUGGGAGAGUGGACAAUUGGUUUGAAAUUCACAUCAAACCUGAGGACUGGGCACGCGCUUUCGUCCAAGGUGACCUCUCCACCACUGUGAAGUACCUCAUCCAAGCCAUCCUCCACCAUCCCGACCUUCCAAAAACAGUCAUCAUGGAGGAAACAGCUUAUUCAAAUGCGAUAGAAAUUAUCAAAAGAGCUGCCAUUUGGAUGAUGUCAAAAUUUGAACCAGACAACCGAAUUAAUUUAUGGUCAUUUGGAGAAACCUUUGCAGAAAUUAUGUCCAAGUUUCCUCCACCAAAUGAACGCGAUGGCGAAACAAUAUCAAAAAUAAUCCGAGAUAAUGAUCCCAGAAGAAUGUUUCUGUCCGAGCUGACCAAAUCGAUGGACCACAUCACCCCUGCGGUCGUCACGUCAGACCAGAACGACACACCUGCAGGAAGUGAUGCUGAAGCAGCAAACAAUGAAAAAGCCAAGUUCGAGGGGAUUUUCAAAAGAGUUGUUGACAGCGUGAAAACCUGUGUAAAUAUUGCUGGUGGUCAAAUGAAGACGGCGCAUGUUGUCGGACCCCUCACGAAGAAGACCAUCCCCAGAAACACGGACCGCUUUGUGGAUUCUGUCCAAUUUAGCGAGGACCGUUGGAAACGUGCUUUUAAAGAGGGAAAAGUUUCUAUGUCCGCCGUCGCGAGAAAACUGAUCAGUACCAUGAUCCGACUAGAUUUUGAAGGACGUGAGGAUGAGUUUACAUCUGUCGAUAGCCUAAAUCCAGUCAAGUUGGCGGCAGUACUUUGCGCCGCAAAAUUUCUAUUUGUCAGACGGGACGAUAAGCUUGGAUGGAAGGAAAAGUUUGAUUCUCGUAUCGUCCAACAUAACGUGUUCCCCACAAAGGAAGAGUAUGACGCUAUAAAGGAAGAACUCUGGCUGCAUGUGAAAUGCACCGUGCUGGGGCGUCAGCAAGAAAAAGAUGGCAAAAAUUCUAAGGGAAGUAAAGUCUCGCAAAAGGGAAAUCCUGAAGUUAAAACCUGCAAUUGUCCCGGAAUUCCACCAAAGUCGGAUCAAAUACCGACAACGAGCAGUAUCAUGUACCGAUUUCUGCCAGGAAAUACAGUACCGAUAAGACCCGUGGAGGUCAGUAUGCUCACCUACGAGCUGAUUCCCUUCGACAAGGGAAUACUUCUCCCAAAACUGUCCGGGAUUGAGCCAGAAUUAUUGAAAGCUGACUGCUCCGAGUCCAUCAUUGUUGUAUUGACCGUUUUGGAUCGUUUGAAAGAACCCGGAAAAACUGAGACGCGCCGGCACGCUUUCACCCAGAAGACGUGGAAUGAUGCAGUAGAUUCGUACAAGACUAAGGGCCCCAUCGCGGCGGGAACGGAGGUCUUGUUGACGAACCUAUUCAAAGAGGAGGAACUCAAGAUUUGCACGCCUGGUGGGAGACGGAAAAAUUCGAAGAUUAAGACUGACCGGAAUAAACUUAAUGAUGACAGGCAGACACAACUUUUUGACGCGUUGUGGUACCUCGUGGAUAAUGUGACCACGCCAUCCUGUACUAAACAGCAAUAUCGUGGGCCGUGGUCCCUUGCUUUGAAGCAACUAUUGAAAAUCGAUGUAUUUCAUUACGGAACUAAAAAAUUCAGAGGAAUUGAACGUAGGCCGAGGAGUUCGAAGGUGAAAGAAGCGAUGGAACAUGAAAAUGAUGACAGUGCACUAUGAAUGAAUGUGAAAGCAAAUACAUUUAUUGGUACAUGAUAUGUCGCAUUAUGAAAAAUAGAUUUUUAGUAAGAUUCACAGUAAUCUGUGAUCUGACUUUGCAUUAUGUUUGCACAAUUUGUGUUACCCAUUAAAUUUUAAGGAGUCUCAUCUUACAUGAAAAAGUGAUGAACGUACGUAGAUAUUUAUGUCCAUAUACAAACAUAUGACAUAUUAAGAUAUUUAAGUAUGCACUUUUUACGUAUAUACACAAAUAUAUUUGUACACAUGUAUAACAUCCAUAUCUACAUUUAAAUAUAAAGAUACAAAUUAUGCAAAUAUCGGAGGCAUUAUGAUUGAAUAAAGUAUUCGCAAUAAUUUUUGGA